CGCUGUUUGUUUUCAGUCACGAAGGCCCCAUGGCCUACCCACGCAGUAUUUUUACCUUCAGUCGGCACAUUCAUGAGCUUGGAUAUCAAACACUUUUGUGGUACCUACCAGUUAUCAAGCUGCAAUAACUGAAAAGUUUUGGUUUAAAAUGAGCCUGAUGGAAGUUUCAGCUGGGCUGCCAUGUCUGGCUUGGUAGCAGGUGCCACCAGUGGUGCACCAGCCGGGGACAGCAAGGUUUACCGCAAGAUGCGUCAACAGUCGCCCUCAGCCUCGCCUCUGCAGGUGUUUGUCAAGGCCAAGAAGCGAAUUAACGACAUAUACGGCGAUAUAGACGACUAUGUCUUGGACGUCGUGCACUUCAUUGACAAUGUGCCGCUGGACAAGGGUCUGGCGAGCGCUGACCAGGCAGAGGCCGUCCGGGCCUACCAGAGCAAGGUCAAGGGCAUCCGGGACGUGCUGGCCCGCGACCACAUGAAGGUGGCCUUCUUCGGCAGGACCAGCAACGGCAAGAGCUCAGUGAUCAACGCCAUGCUACGCGACAAGGUGCUGCCCAGCGGCAUGGGCCACACCACCAACUGCUUCCUGCAGGUGGAGGGCGUGGACGGCGAGGAGGCGUUCCUCACCGUCGGCGACGACGGCCAGCGGCGCAGCGUGGAGUCGGUGGCGCAGCUGGGCCACGCCCUGCACAAAGAGAAGCUGGACGAGUCGGCCGUGGUGUACGUCCACUGGCCCAAGCGGCGCUGCCACCUGCUGAGGGAUGACGUGGUCUUCGUCGACUCGCCAGGCAUUGACGUCACACAGGGUCUGGACGCAUGGAUCGACGCCCAUUGCCUGGACGCGGACGUGUUCGUGCUGGUGGCCAACGCCGAGUCGACUCUCAUGCAAACGGAGAAGAACUUCUUUCACAAGGUAUCGUCCCGGCUCUCCAACCCGAACAUCUUCAUCCUGCAGAACCGAUGGGACCAGACCGCCAACGAGCCGGAGUUCAUGCAGGUGCGGCAGCAGCACCUGGAGCGGACGGUGGCCUUCCUGGCGGACGAGCUGCAGGUGGCGUCCCGGGCCGAGGCCGAGCAGCGCGUGUUCUUCGUGUCGGCCAAGGAGUGUCUGCAGCAGCGGCUGUCGGAGCAGCGCGAGGAGGCGCCGCCGCGACCCGUGCCGGCGGAGGGUUUCCAGAGCCGCUACUUCGAGUUCCAGGAGUUCGAACGCCGGUUCGAGGAGUGCAUCUCGCAGUCGGCGGUGCGCACCAAGUUCCAGCAGCACACACAGCGCGGCACCUCCAUCACCGGGGCGCUGCAGGCCAUGAUGGAUGGCCUGUACGAGCGGGCGCUGGCCAUGAAGGCGGAGCAGACGGCCGCGCGGCGCCGGCUGAUCGACCGCAUCAACUUCACCGACAAGGAGCUGAACCUCAUCACCGGCGUGAUGAAGGAAAAAAUAUACGCUAUGACUGAGGACGUCGAACGCAAGGUGGCAGUAGCACUGAGUGAAGAGAUCCGCCGCUUAUCGGUCAUGGUGGACGAGUUCUCGGCGCCAUUCCACCCAGACCCGCUGGUGGUGAACGUGUACAAGAAGGAGCUGCACAACCACGUGGAGGCCGGCCUGGGCCUCAACCUCAAGAGUCGCCUGUCGGACGCCGUCGCCUCCAACAUUGAGGCCAACCAGAAGGAUAUGACGCAGCGGAUGACGCGGCUGGUACCGGACGAGAAGCGUCAUCUGGUGGCGUCGCUGCUGCCGCGCCGGGAGCCCUUCCAGGUGCUUUACCGGCUCAACUGCGACAACCUGUGCUCCGACUUCCAGGAGAACAUCGAGUUCCGCUUCACGCUGGGCAUCACGUCCCUGGUGCGCCGCUUCCUCGGCUCGGCCGGCAACCGGGUCACCAUGCUGGGAUUUGUCGAGCCCGUGCCGCGCGGCGUACCGCUGACGCCGCACAGCCCCGAGCCGGACAAGUCGGUCAUUCCGCGCGACGACUGGACGCUGCUCAACAACAUAGCCGUCGCCUCGGUCACGUCGCAGGGCACCGUCGGAGGCCUCCUGGUGGCCGGAUUUCUGAUGAAGACGGUCGGCUGGCGUCUGAUCGCCGUCACGGCCGGCGUGUACGGCUGCCUCUACCUCUACGAGCGUCUGACGUACACCAACAAGGUGCGCGAGCGCCGCUUCAAGCAGCAGUACGUGGACCACGCCACGCGCAAGCUGCGGCUCAUCGUCGACCUGACGUCCUCCAACUGCAGCCACCAGGUUCAGCAGGAGCUGUCCAGCACGUUCGCUCGCCUCUGCCACUUGGUGGACGAGACGGUGCGCGACAUGCAGCAGGAGGUAUCCCAGCUGGAUGCUCGACUGGCGGAGCUCGAGGCGCUGGCCGCCGGCGCCAAGACGCUGCGCAACAAGGCCAGCUACGUGGCCAGCGAGCUGCGCGUCUUCUCCGACAGCUUCCUCAGCGAGGCCGGCUAGACGGCGCGACUGUCUGUAGCGGCGGCAGGGGCGCGCCCCGUGCGGCGGUAGUGGUGCCGGCGGCGCGCCCCCAGCUGGCAGUAGGGGCUUCGGCGCGCGCGUGUGCGAGGGCGGGCGGCGGGUGCGCGGCUGAAGCCGGACCGCCGUGGCGUGGGUGAUUGUCAGGCCCCGGGCCGGGCGAAGCUGUGGCUGUGGCUGCCCGCUGAGGCGGCGUGCUUUAACGCGGACUGAACCGAGGGCUGAGCGGACCGAGAGCGGACCGAGAACCGAGGACCGAGGACAACACAUAGUGUCUGGGCGGACGCGGACGGUGGCCGGCUUUGCUGAAGCGGGCGUCCGCGGGCUGUCGCUUGGCUCCCGCGCCGCCGCCGCCGCCUGUAGGGAGCUACCGUGUAACGUCUGGUCAAUUUACUCAGCUGAUUUGGUGUCGGGGGUCAGCCAUCCGUCUGUGAUCCAUUGUCGACGGUCGUGGGUUCUCCAGCUGCGGUGGUUUCCGAGGUCUCGCUCCGAUGGAUGGGCGAGUCUCCUGGCCUUUGGGCGGUGAGUGUUGAAGCCGGCCCUCUGGUGUGUGCUAUGUACGCCUUGAGUGCGCAAUACACACGGCUCCAUCAGUCGGGUG